GUCAGGCCCCAUCCCUCCCUCCACCCCUUCUUCCUGUUCUCCUCCCCCUUAGCUACUCCUGUGGGGUCAGUAGCUCCAAGUCAGCUCCUCCCAGACCUCUCUGCUCCAGCCCCACCUCUCUCAGAGGAUAGCAGGAACCUCAAGGGAAGGUGAGAACCUGGGGCCUUCAUUUGUGCUUCUGCGAAGAAGUCCAAGGUCUCUUCCUCCCUCCUGAAGAGCUGUCAAUCUCCAUUCUUUCACCUCAGAGGGCCCAGGAAAGAUGACCCAAACCACGGUGACAGUGAAUGGAGCUGAGGUGGCCUCCGCACUCCCCCAGUCCACCCACAUCAGCAUCCACAUCCACCACCAAUCAACUUUGGAGCAGCUGCUGAGAGCCAUAGGCUCCCCAAAGAAGUUUUUCUCCUGCCUUCAGGACACUGGGCCCUCCAAGGCCAGCAUCCACCAUGGGCAGCUGGCUCUAGGGGUGACCCAGAUAUUGCUGGGGUUUAUGAGCUGUGUUCUUGGGGUGUGUAUCUACUUUGGGCCCUGGACUGGGCUGUGUGCCUCCGGCUGUGCCUUCUGGUCAGGGUCUGUGGCAAUUGUAGCCGGAGCUGGCACCAUUGUCCAUGAGAAGCGACGGGGGAAACUGUCCAUGAGUCUCGGGCUUUCUCUUUAUCAACCCUGUCCAUCUACCCUCUCCAAAAUGGGCCACAUAUCCUGUCUGCUCAUCCUGGCUUGCAUUGCUACAGCUGUGGCUGCUACCAUUCUGGGUGUGAACAGCUUAAUCUGGCAGACAAGUGCUUCCUACUAUUUCAAGAUCAGUUCCACGUGUGACCCCUUACAAUCUAGCAUGGGCAGUGGGUAUGGGAUAAUGCGAUACACCAGCGACUCAGACUGGAAGAUAGAGAGGUGCAAAUCCUCCCUGAACAUGGUGAUGAACUUGUUCCUAGCAUUCUGCAUCAUGUUCACAAUUGUCUGUAUCCUGAAGAUUGUUGUGUCUUUGGCUUCCCUGGUACUGAGUCUCCGAAGUAUGUGUGGCCAGAGCUCCCAGGCCCUGGAUGAGGAAGAGACAGAGAAGAAGCUUCUUGGGGGGGAUUCAACACCUCCCUCCCCAACCAAGGAAAUUCCUGUUAUCCUGUGAGCAGCUGCAAAGCUCCUGCUUGAGCCCACAUUCCUGAACAGAGGAAUCCAGGGAGACCAGCAACUGUUCCCAGGGCCUCUGCUGGGUCCACAGCACACACCUCCUUCUGUUGUAGCCACUACCCAGCCCUCUUUCUCCCUCUCUCCCCACUGUCCUCCCUCCAAUGUCCCAAUGCUAAUUAAACAGAAACAGUCAGAGAAAACA